AGAAUGUUCUAAAUAAUUGUCGAGAAUGGAUAAGAUGACAUCGGAUGAUCCAGGUAUAAAUACUCCCUCCGCUUCUUCGAAUCCUCACUCGAUUCAUCUAGUGUCUUCUAUUCCUCUAGUGUGCAGGAAAAGCAGUUCUCUAAGUCCACCAUGAAAUAUAUCAUUGCCACCCUUCUCUUGGCCUCUGUUGCCAUGGCCGCCGAAGUGGGCGUGAACCUCGCGGGAGGAGCCUACAACUUUGGAUUUAACACUGGAGACGCAACUGGCCACAGCAGAGUCGAAUCUGGCAUUCCUGGUGCUGCAACUGGUAGCUACAGCUACAUUGAUGCCAAUGGAGACAGAAGAACUGUCCACUACACUGCCGGACCUGAUGGAUUUAAGGCUACUGGGGAUGUCGGAGUAGACAGGAAAACUGCCGAAGCUGCAGCUGCCAUGGCAGCCCUCGCCCCUAAGGCUCCUCCAGCACCUGCCCCAGCUGCUCCAGUCGCCCCUGUCGUUCCUGGUGCAUGGGGAUACUGGGGUGCCCCACACUACUCUGUCAUCCUUCCCGGUUUGGCUGGAUAUGCUGCCAGAUGGUAAAUCACCAAAUCAAAUGGAUGAAGUUUGGAAAUCGACGCUCAAUGGACCGACAUCUGCAUUUAUGCCAUAAAAUGCUUUGGGAUCACUUUGUUCAAACAACUGCUUUUUAGGGUUGCGGUUUGUGAUAUUUCGGUGUUAUUGCUCAACAACAACUACAACCCAAAAAUUUGUCAUAAAUCUUGUCAUUGUUUUGUCACAAAUACUUUAUCGUCAAAGCUCUGUUGUAUAUAGUAGAAAAAUAAAUGUUUGCAAUCUUCCGAUAA